UCGUCUUGGCUUGUGGGUUGUGGCCUCGCACUGUAAGCUGUCACUGUGCAGCUUACCUCCAGCAUUCAGAAACUGUAUUGCACUUAACAAAAACAUGCGUAUUGUGUGCUAUACAUUGCAGUUGGAUGGCAUUCACGAUAGAAGAUACGCACAUAUAAGGCACCACGAGAUGCAGACAAAAAAGCAGGGACACAAGGACUAAAAAUACACCAUUGAUAACUCAAACGUAUGUGGGCUGGGAGAGGACACACUGCAGUGUCCGGCAGCCCGAGUGACGUCCGAGUACAGUGUGGAACCUUUGGUGUGUUGCUAGUUGUGAUCGUUCAUGCUCAGUGACAGUUCACCACUCGCUACUCAAACAUCACAGUCAGUCGCUACGUGUAGUGGAUGUGCUGUGUACGCACGCCUUCUCGUCUUAUUGUAACAGGAAAAAAAAUAAAAAAUAAAAAAGAUGGCGAAUAGUGGAGGUCGCACCAACAUCCCCAUGGCUGUAUUGAGUAGCGGCACUGCUUACCAUAUAAUCCAGAUGCCGCCGCAGCCUACCCCGAUGACCAAUGCUUCACCCACGUGCUGGGAGAGGUUGCAGUGCUGCCUGUGUGGCCCUAAAGAUAACACAGACCUAAUCGGAGCUGCUCGUGAGGGAAAAUAUGAACACUGUGAGAUAAUACUGAAGAAAGGCAUUUCAAAUAUUAAUACACAGGACAAGAAGACAAAGCAAACUGCACUCCACAUUGCCACCCAGCAUGGUAAUGAGAGAUUAGUUGAUCUAUUACUGAGCUACAAAGCAAAGCACAACAUACAGGACAGUCAGGGAGACACUCCACUGCACCUGGCAAUAAGGAAUGGUCACCAUAGCUGCUCAAAAAGAAUUCUGGAAUGUGGCAGUCGAAAGACCAACUUAGCAAACAAGGCCUACAACACUCCACUCCACCUUGCAGUAAGAAGAGGUUAUAAGGAGAUUGCUGCUGAUUUGCUCCAGAAGAGUACAGCAAACAUUAAUGCACCAGACAACAGACAGCAAACUGCACUGCACAUUGCCACCCAGCAGGGUAAAGAGGAAUUUGUUGAUCUAUUACUGAAUCACCAUGCAAAGUGCAGUGUACAGGACAGUCAGGGAAACACCCCACUGCACCUUGCAUUGGAAAAAGAAAAUUACACCUGCUCAAAAAAAAUUCUGGAAACGAAUAACAUAAAUAUCGAUUUAGUAAAUAAGAAAUUGGAAACUCCACUUCACAUUGCUGUAUCUAAAGGUUAUAAGGACAUUGCUAAAAAACUCCUGGAAAAGAGUACAGCAAAAAUUGACGCACAGAACAAGGCAAACAAAGACAGUGCACUGCACAUUGCCGCCAUUAUGAAGAGGGAAGACAUUGUUGACCUGCUGCUGGAAAACAAAGCAAAGUCGAAUAUACAGAACAGUAAGGGAACCACUCCACUCCACCUGGCAGUGAAAAAAAAAAACUUGGUUAUUGUCAAUAAACUCCUGGAGAGAGGUACAGCAAACAUUGAUGUGCAGGACAUGGAGGCAGAGCAAACUGCUCUGCACAUUGCUGCCAUGUGUGGUGAAGAGGAGUUUAUUAAAGUAUUAUUGAAACACAAUGCAAACUGCAAUAUACAGGACAGUAAGGGAAACACCCCACUGCACCUGGCAAUAGAAAAAGGUCACAACAGCUGUUUUGAAAAAAUUCUAGAAGGCAACACAGUAAAUAUCAAUUUAGUAAAUGCAGAGCACAACAGUCCUCUCCACCUUGCAGUGAAGGCUGGCUGUGCCACAAUUGCUGAUAAACUCCUGGACAUGGAACCAUACCACAAUGCAGUGGAUGACUCAGGAAACACUGCUCUGCACCUGCUGGCAAAGUGUGGAUUCUUGAACUGCUGUGUAAAACUUCUUAAAAAAAAUGCUGAGAACCUAAAUGCAAAAAACAAUAUUGGGGACACUCCUCUUCACCUUGCAACCCAGGCAGACAGAGCUGACAUUGUUACACUAUUCCAGAGUUACCCAAGUGACUGCAAUUCACAAAACAACUCACAGAAUACCCCGCUGCAUCUUGCUGUGAAUGAAGGCCAUCUCAGCUGUGUGACAGAACUGUUAAAGUUCAACAACUUGAUGAUUGACUCAUCGAACAAGGACGGUUCCACUGCUCUCCACUGUGCAGUCAAGAAGGGCGACUCAGAUAUUGUUUCGGUGUUGCUGAGCCAUCGUGCAGACUGCAAUGCAAAAGACAGCUUGGGCAACACACCCCUGCACUGCGCUGUAACCAAAGGGAACACAGCCUGUUGUGAAAAGUUGCUGCAGUGUAUUGACUUGGAGAUAAAUGAAGUUAAUACAUCUCGGGAAGCUGCACUACACAUAGCAGCAAGGUUGGGUCGUUAUGGUGUGUGUGACCUGAUUUUGAAGCACCCAAAAAAGAUAAUUGACAUUAAGGAUAAGCAGGAACAUACUCCUCUACACUUGGCAACAGAGGAAAACAAUCAUGAGGUAGUAAGGUUACUGCUGAGCAAAGGUGCUAACUGGAAGCUGAGAGACAAGCACAACAAAGUGCCACUCCACUAUGCUGCUGAAAAAGGGUAUGAAAUAUCAUGUGAGUACUUGGUAAAUGCUUUUAAUGAAAGUGGACAAUCUAAUGCUUUCAAACUGAAGAACAGAAGAACUCCUCUGAUACUAGCAGCCAUGGGGGGACACCACCACUGCUGCGAAAUGCUGCCACUUGACAAUAUUGAUCUACCAGAUAAUUUUGGAAAAACUGCUCUCAUGUAUGCCAUAGAAGAAGAUUAUGUGAGUACUACUUCCUUCCUUCUAAGAAAUAAUGCUAAAACAGACACAAAAGGCAACAAGGCUAAAAAGAACCUAAAAGAAAAAAAAAGCCACCAGAAACAGAAGAAGCACGAAACGGUCCUUCACUUGGCAGCAGAGAAGAGAGCAGACAAGUGCCUCAGGUUUCUACUACAAGACCCAAACACCAAGGAGCUCCUCUCUAAGACAGAUGAGGAGGGUCACACUCCACUACAUGAGGCCAUCAACAGUGAAGCUCUGGAGUGUGCCAAGAUCUUGCUCUCCUAUGAAGCAUCUCCCACAGCCAUCACCAAGAUGGGCAUGACCCCGCUGCACCUGGCGGCAAAAAAGGGUGAUCCGGGCCUCUGCUCGCUACUAUUGGAAUAUGAAAUUGACAUGAAUGCAGAAACCAAUGAUCAGGAGACACCAUUACACCUGGCAGCAAAGCAUGGCUGCCUGGAUGCUUGUAAAGUUCUGAUGAAGAAGAAAGGCAUACGAAAAAUAGCGAAAGACAAGUCUGGCCGCACACCACUCCAUCUUGCAGCAAAGAACGGACAUGUGAAGGUGGUUCAGUUCUUACUAAAGAAAGGUGGUCAUCCUUAUGAAAGGGAUGACAAGGACUCCACAGCCUUACAUCUGGCUGCUGCCAAGGGUCAUCUGCCAGUGUGUGAAAUACUGGUCAGCAAUGCCACAUGCCUGGUGAACACCUUAAACAAGGAAGGAAAGCUGCCUAUCGAUGUGGCAUUUGAAAAUGAAAAAGAUGAUGUGUUUGCAUUUCUUAUCAGCAAGUUGAAGCCCAAAGCAGAAGAUGCUAGCAGUUCUCAUUCUGCCCCAAACAAAGACAAAAAUAACAAAACAAAAAACACAGAAAAGAUUAAUCGAUUCCACAAGUACAUGCACGAAGCACUGCAACCGAAGGGCCAGGACAAGCCAAGAGAGGUCGUCGCUGAGGGCAUCCUUGCAAGUGAGUGGUGGACUGCUGCUUUCUUCGUUGAGGAAGAAGAGAAAGACCACAAGUCAGACACAGAGGAUGACAGUGAAUACUUAGACACUCAGGGACGGAGCCCAUACUGUACUAAUUUCCAUGAAAUGAUAAAAAGUCACCCAAAUCUUGCCCUUAAGGCUCUGGACCACUGUCAUGCAAACCUGCCACCAGAGUCUGGCCAGAACCAUGACUUCAGACUCUUUGAGGACAAUAUGUGCUCAGAGGCAGGGAUGAAGCACUCUCGCCGGUCACACACCCCCAUGGCCGGAUGGAGGCUGCUGCAGGACCACCCGGUGAGCCUCAUGAUGAUGAAGGAGGAGUGUCCCGGCUUGCUGCAGCACCCCUUCACAGAUAGCUGGCUCAGGCACUUCUGGAGGACGUCAGUGUUCUACAGCUACACAAUCCUCCUCAUCAUUGAGGUGUUGUACCUUGUGUCACUCCACUUCUUCAUGGACAAUGUGGAUAACUGGGUGCAGAUACAACACAAGUGCAACACAACCCAGGAGCAGUUCUGUCGCCUCUCAUCUUCCCCUGGCACGGCAGAGGUGGCCCUGCACCACACAGACACAACACAGGGUGGGCCACUGCUUGGGAUGGCUGUAGCUCAGGUGGACAGCAACUUCAGGUGUUCCCAGCGCACUUCUCUGUGGCAAUGGAUCUUUGUGGUGGUCAUGACCGUAACCAUUGCCUCCCUGGAGUGCAUCUAUGUGUACAGGCUUCGGAUGGCAUACCUGAAAUGGAAAAGAUUUCUGAGAAUCGUCCAACUCCUCUUGACAAUCCUAUCUUGGCUGCCGAUGGGAAUGUGUGGAUUUCAGCACAGCAUAUCAAACGAGUGGCAGUGGCACUUUGGCAUCGUUGGGCUGCUGCUGGAGUGGAUCCUGAUCAUCGGGAGACUCAACGAGCUACCAGUGCUCUUCGUCUUCAUGCCAAUCACAAGACGGUUUCUUUUUGGCUACAUAAAGGCUCUCCUCUAUGUUACAUCACUUCUGUUUGCAUUUUCUUACAUCUUCCAAUUAUUGCUGGAUGACCACGAAGCGUUUGAUUCCCGGCCCAAAGCCAUGGUAAAGAUGAUCGUGUGGCUGUUUGGCGACCUCAACUACGACUCCACCUUUGUUGAGAAGCCGCCACUCCACCCUAUCAUGACGACACAGAUGUUUGUGGCCUUCAUCAUCAUCAUGUUUGGCUUCAUUGCCAACUUGGCCGUGACACUUCCCUCGGACAGACUGGAAGAGUUCAGGAAAGAUGCAGCGUUCUUCCAGAAGCUGACUCAGAGCACACUUCUCCUGGAGAUACAGGCGUGCUUCCCUUGGUCCCUGUGCCAAAAAUUGAAUGACAAAGAUGAUAAGCAUAAAAGCAACAGAAUAAUAACAUGGAUCAACAAAACACUGCAGGAAAUCUUCAGUGCAGAUAUCAUACAAAUAUCUAAGAAGCGAAAAGACAACCCUCUACAAGAGCUGGAGCAGCAGGUGGCCACCCUUGUCGACAUGUGCCGGGAGCAGGGCAAGGAGGUGAAGGAACUCAGGCAGCAACUUGAUAUUCUCUACAAAUUCAUGGCUGAAAGGGACUGAGAAACCAGUCUUCUUAUGUAGUGCCAUGAAAUGUGCUAUGUUUUUUCUUUCUCCAUGAAUACUUAACGACAACCAGUGUGUGCAGCAAUGCGGCACAAACUACAUGAGUAUAAUGCUGUGCUCUUAACUCUUCAACUAUCCCAUCUAAGGGACACCAGAGUGAUUGUACAGGGAGUGAGGUGCUAUAUGGCAAAACAUUGCCAUUGAAGGAAAAGAAUUUUAGUAAAAGGAACCAGAUGGGAAGAUGAGUGAUGGUGUGGCUAUGUGGUGCAAUGUGGUGCCUCUCUGGACGACCACAGAAGAUACACAUGUGGACAGGGCAGGAGCUGAGGAUAUUGUGCAUUGCUGUGACGAGGCUGUGGCGGUCCAGGUGUGUUGACAAGGUGCUGGACACUGAUAACAGUUGCAAUACUAGUUGUGCUAUGAAUGCAGAGGUUUUAUUCUUAAGUAUUUUUAGUAUUUUAUUGCACCAAAAAAUAUAAGUAGUGGUUUUAUAAAUUUAAUAACAAAGAAAUACAAUGUAAAGCAAUUUUCAAUCAUAAUUUGUAACACAGAAAAGCUUAUCUGCCUAAACAAGAUAGUGAUGUCUAUGGUGUCCAUGGUAAUUGUUGCUUUUGUAGUGCUAUGCUAUUGUAUAGUUUUGAAUUAGUGUUAGGGGAGUGAUGGCAGCUCAGGAGACUGUGGAGACUAGUGACUCACCUCACCGCAGUAAAGAUAAAAAUAAAGUUUCAGAAUUA